AGAGGUUUAUCAUAUCUUGUACCCAAACCUCAUCUGAACCGUUGAGUUAUAUUUAUAAUCUAUCGGGAAUUAACACUUCACAUCACGACUCUUGGCUUUGAGAGAGGCUGCCAUUGUUUUUCUUCGUCGCCGCAGAUUAGUUGUUUCUCAUUCCACUCACGAGAUGUCUCACCGAAAGUUUGAGCACCCAAGACAUGGUUCGUUGGGAUUUCUUCCUAGGAAAAGGGCUGCACGCCACAGAGGAAAAGUUAAGUCCUUCCCCAAGGAUGAUCCAUCAAAGCCAUGUAGAUUGACUGCAUUUCUAGGAUACAAGGCUGGGAUGACUCACAUUGUUCGAGAGGUUGAAAAACCUGGAUCAAAACUGCAUAAGAAGGAGACAUGUGAAGCAGUGACAAUCAUAGAAACACCACCUAUGGUUGUAGUUGGAGUUGUUGGAUAUAUUAAAACACCCCGAGGCUUGCGUUCACUAGGGACUGUGUGGGCUCAGCAUCUUAAUGAGGAAGUGAAGAGGCGAUUUUACAAGAAUUUUGCCAAGUCCAAGAAGAAGGCAUUUGUCAAGUACUCCAAGAAAUAUGAAACCGAGGAAGGGAAGAAGGAUAUCCAGUCUCAGUUGGAAAAACUGAAGAAGUACUGUACUGUGAUUCGUGUCUUGGCUCAUACCCAGAUUCGAAAGAUGAAGGGGUUGAAGCAAAAGAAAGCCCAUCUGAUGGAGAUCCAAGUAAAUGGUGGAGAUAUUGCUCAAAAGGUUGACUUUGCAUAUGGCUUUUUCGAGAAACAGGUUCCCGUCGAUGCCAUAUUUCAGAAGGACGAGAUGAUUGAUAUAAUUGGUGUGACAAAGGGUAAGGGUUAUGAAGGUGUGGUUACUCGAUGGGGUGUUACUCGUCUUCCUCGUAAGACUCACAGAGGUUUGCGUAAGGUUGCUUGUAUUGGUGCUUGGCAUCCUGCUAGGGUUUCCUACACAGUUGCUAGGGCUGGUCAAAACGGAUACCACCACAGGACUGAAAUGAACAAAAAGAUUUACAGGCUUGGAAAGGUUGGCCAGGAGUCUCACACAGCACUCACUGAGUUUGAUAGGACUGAGAAGGAUAUUACUCCCAUGGGUGGUUUCCCUCAUUAUGGUAUUGUGAAUGAAGACUAUCUGCUGAUUAAAGGUUGCUGUGUUGGGCCCAAGAAGCGUGUUGUCACACUAAGACAAUCACUUCUCAAGCAGACAUCUAGGCUGGCAAUGGAAGAGAUUAAGCUCAAGUUCAUCGACACUUCCUCAAAGUUCGGCCAUGGACGGUUCCAGACUACAGAAGAAAAGAACAAGUACUUUGGACGAGUGAAAGCAUAGAUGUUGCGAGUCAUUGGGAUUUUUUCUCUGUUUUCUCUGAUUUUAGUUUUGGAUUAGCAGAUUUUGAAUAUACUGAGUAUUUUAUAUAUUUUGAUUUCUGUUCUGAAUAAGAGGAUUAAUAUUAAAAUUAAGAGUGCUGAAUCUCUG